AAAAGUGUCAUUUUGUUUCCCAAAAAAAUUAUGUAUAAAAGCGUCAUGGAUUUGGAUAGUAAUUUAGAAAGAGAAAGGAAAAAGAUUUCACAUUUCUUUUUCAUCUUUUCCUUUUUCAUUUCUAAAUUCCUAUCUAAAUAUAUGAGGCCGGGAAUAUCUCAGGCCGGCUCUGGGUGUGGAACCUAUGCUAUUGGUAUAAUGUUGCAACCAUGUAUCUUAUUUUGCAGUUCCAGGCCAUCUGGGCUGGCUGCUUGUGGUUGGCAAAAUGUAGUAACAAUGUUCUUAUUUUGCAGUUCCAUGCCAUCUGCAUUGAUCCGUGGCUGCGCCAGCAGGGAACUUGUCCUGUCUGUAAAUUUAAAGUCGGAUCAGGAUUGCACAACAAUGGACAAGGCGGUAUUGAUGCUUCCUAUAUGGUUUAACAGACUUACAGAGACAUUUGUAGCUGCUUAUAAAAUCACAUAUACAGCCAUAUACCCUUGAAAUGAUUCAGAAACAAGGGAAUUCUUUAGACUAUAGUCAACUCUGGAUAAUGAAUAUGCUGAACUUUUGCAUGAAUUUAUGACUGCAGUCAAGCAGAACUAUGGGGAGAAAGUCCUCAUUCAGUUUGAAGACUUUGCAAACCAUAAUGCUUUUGAUCUGCUUGCAAAGUAUGGCAAUACACAUCUUGUUUUCAAUGAUGACAUACAGGGGACAGCAUCCGUGGUCCUUGCAGGGCUUAUGGCAGCAUUAAAGUUAGUUGGGGGAACCUUAGCCGAGCACAUAUUUCUGUUCCUUGGAGCAGGAGAGGCUGGCACUGGCAUUGCAGAACUCAUAGCUCUGGAGAUGUCAAAACAGACUGAAGCCCCAUUAGAAGAAAGCUGCAAGAAGAUAUGGCUUGUUGACUCAAAGAUAAUUAAGGAUAACUUAAGAAGCAUGGACAUGGACACGUCAACAUGGAAAUUUUUAAAUAUUGAAUAGUUGUAUUGUGUCGAA